AUGGUGUUACCACAUUCACCUGGUACUGACUUAAUGACACUGCCGUCAGAACUGCACCUUCAAAUCAGUACCUACCUAUCUUACCCAGAUGCCCUGGCCCUCAAGCACAGCAGCCGCCAUUUCUACUCCAUGGUCUAUACUGGGGUACACCUCAAAGUCGACUGGCUGGUCGAACGGUUCGAGAGUAGGCUCGAGUGUCCAAUGGAGAAAUGCUCAUUCCGUACUGAUGAGUCCUUCUGCAAUGAUCGGGUUCGGGGUAUAAUGGAGCGCCGCCGCUGGCAUCUCGAAUGCAAAUCGACAGAAGGUGGAUGCAUCGUUGUUGAUGGGCAGACUUGUCGGACAGAUGUAAUUUCUACAUGGUUUCGGAUCAAGGCACAGGGGAAGAGGAAGGCUGUGAGAAAAGUUCGCAGUUGGGGGCAGGAAGGUACGGUAUUCCUCCUCUUUCUCAUCACAGGUCAUCCUUUUUGGUAG